AUGGAUCACUACGAGGACCACAGCGACGACGACUCCGAUUCCGAGUCGGCCGCGGGAUCUGCUAUAGGCUCUGACGAGAAGACUCUGGUUGAGCUGUGCAGCCAUUGCCACGCGACUGUGGAAACGGAGAAUCUCAUCCUCUCGAUGCAUUCCCCUCUCACGCUCACGACGCGAUGUACGAUCCGCUGGCCUCCGACCGCCGUGGCGGCGCUGACCGGCUUCGUGGCAAUGUAUCAUGACGGUAGCAGCGGCGGCGAAAACAAUAACAAUAACGGGACCGCCACCGCCGCGGCCAUGAUGGCAUUGCUCGAUACGCAGCCGGAUCUCUGCGUGCCGCUCAUCUGCGAAGUGCUCGAGGCGGAGACAUUGGAUAUGUGGCGAGAUGUAGAGGUUGUGGUAGUAAAGACGGGGAGUGGAAAGGGAGGGAAGGGGAAGAAGAAAGAGGAGCUGGUGGUCGGCAUUGAAGGUUGGUGUUGGCGGAAGUGUGUCGACAAGGCGAGGAGGGAUGGUUUAUUUCGUGGGGGAGGUAGAAAUGGGGGCGGAGGUGGAGGUGGUGCUGCCGGUGGCAGCGGCGGUGGUGCUGGUGGUGGAAGAGCAGGACUCCAUGAGGAAGAUGCCCAAAGGGCUCAAGGAGCUGAAGAGGAGGACCAAGCCGAGAACGACGCAAAUGACUUGGACUUGGAUGCGAAUUAUGGACCACCACCUCUUCCUCCCGCCCCACAUCAUCCCGCGCCCGCGCCCGCGCCCAUCUUCACGCCGUCCCAACUCGGCACCAUUGCUUCCCUCCUCGCCCAAAUCAAAGAAGGCGAAGAAUCCCUCGAAGAUCUCGAGCAGCGCAUUUCGAGUAGCAGCGCGUCUCUCGCCGCGACCACGGCGAGUAUCGUCGCGGCGAAAGCCGAGCUCAUCUCGACGCAGUCCGAAGUCACUUCGACCACAACCCAACUCGCCUCAGCCCAAACACAAUUGAUCACGACCAAAUCACAACUCGCCUCUACCCAAACCCAACAUGCCACGACCAAGUCACAGCUCAGCGCAAUCCAUUCCGAGCUCAACUCUGCCAAAUCGCAACUAGCUACGACCCAAUCCCAACUCUCUUCCGCUCAAACCCAACUCAUCGCCACCAAGUCUGAUCUUAACUCUACCAAAUCCCAACUCGGCUCUACCAGAUCCGAACUCGCCUCAACUCAGUGCCGGCUGACAACCACCACCUCGGAACUCUCCUCGUCUCAAUCCCUCCUUACCGACACCAAGCGAUGCGCUGCUGCGCUUUCAAGAACAGGACAUCACGGCCGAGAUUCGCGUACAGCUGCAGAGUCUGCAGGAUGCGCGGCUCGCGACACGAGAGAUCGUGAGGAGCGCCGUGGCCCUGGUGGGUGGCAUCCGGGGUCGGAUAGAAGACGUGCGGCGGAGGACAGAAGGGUUUUGGAGAGAGGUGAUGGGCGCGGUAGAGAGGGUCGAGGAAGGGUUAGCGAAAAGGAAGGGGAAGGGGUUAGGUCUGGGUUCGAGUUCGAGUUCGAGUUCGAGUUCGGGACUGGGGCUAGGAAUGGCUAUGGAACGGGCAAUAGGAAUGGGUCCAGCUUCUUCGGCAGCUGGUUCUCGUCUCCAACCAGCCAACCCUCCUCUUCUUCUUCCGGUUCUUCCUCCUCUCGCCAGCCUUUCUCCCGUCGCCGUCGCAGUGCCCAACAAGAGAUCGCGGACUACACGGAUGGCUUGAGCUCGGGCUUAAGAUCAGGAUCAGGAUCAAGGUCGGGUCGGAGUCCGGGUCUAGGUCGUGCUCAAGGUCAAGGUCAGGUCAAGGUCAGAGGAUCGAAGUCGGCGUCGGAAUCGGAUGUUCAAGAUAAGAAUAGUAUUCCAAUCAUCACCACAAAGUCUCUUGUCUAUUCGCCCAGCCUUCUCCUUCUUCGUCCUUUUAUCUUUUCUCCUUCUGCUGCCGCCGUGCGAGAAGACCUUGAAUAG